AAUUGACGACAUUCUGCCCCCGCGAACUAGUAGCCAUGCGGUUGCGCUGAAACGGUAACUGACAUGCUCAAUUAAUCAUGUUGUCAACAUGGCGGCCUCUCGAGUGCGUGAACGUCUAAAUUACAAAUGGUUGAACGAGCUAUGCACCGCUGAUCUUUUGAAUGAGCCUCGAAGGAAAAAAAGAAACUCAAAUUCUAACAUGUUCGUGGUGGAAAGAGUGAUCAGCAAAAGACAGGGGAAAAAGGGAACUGAAUAUUUCAUAAACUGGAAGAAUUGGCCCAUUUGGACCUGUAGCUGGGAGCCACUGGAGAAUUUAAAUUGCUUUGCAGUGAGAAGUUAUACUGAACCAUCCAUAGAAGGUUGGAGACUGGAGGCAGCAGCUGCAGCAUUUGUGGAAGCUGUGUUGGGUAUUUUGAAGUGCAAGUCAGUUCGUGUUAGUUUCAACACCAACAUAUGUAUAGAUCAUGACAUAGUCAGAUACAUUUUUAAAAAUAAGGGGUCAAUUGCCCCAGAUGGUUUCAAUUUGUACAUGAAAGAGGAUUUUUCCAGGUUCUGUUUGCCUCCAUUUUGGUAUUAUUACUUUGAUGAACUAGGUGAAGGUGUGUCAGUUGAUUUUCCUGUUAAAUUAAAAACAAAGCUAGGAUUUCAUUCAAAACGUUUCAUUGUAAAUAAUUUUGAUUCCCUUGAGAAGGGACCACUUAUUCCCGCUGAAAAAGUCUCAGUGGUUAUUAUUAGGAAAGCCUGCUCUAAGAAUACAAUCACCUAAUACAAAAAUUUCAGUACAUAAAGCUGUGUUUAUGUAUUUUUUUAAAUAUCAUCUUUAUAUAGGUAAUGGUUUUGUUGUGAACUUGUCUCACAUUUUUAAAUAGAAGUGAAAUGUUUGACAAUGGUUGGUAAAAGUGUUCUUUAGGCUUAAACAAAAUUGAAUAAAGUUGUUUUUAU